CAUUUCCUUGUUUGCUUGAAAUCUUCUGAAACUCUCUGUGGCGAAACACUCCGGCUUGAAGAACAAAGCAUCGAACCACACACUACAACUUCGCAUCAUUUUCAGGUAAAAUGGUUUCCUUGAGAGAACUUACAGAGCUACGAGGUAACCAGGGCAAAGAGGAAGGAGAGGAAGGGGUUAUAUCUGUAGAGCCUAUCACGAUGAUAGUGCCGCCGGCGUUGCAGGAUGUACCGGAAAUAAUGACGCCUGAGGGCAGUGCCAGUUCCAACGCUAAGGACAACGGUGGCGACCACCCUACUGCAUCGUCGAGCAGCUCGUCCUCUGAGGAGACACCCAGCCGCGAGGAGGGGAGGGGGGAUGUGGUGAGCCAUGUCUCAGAUCGGCUUGUAAUUGGAGAGUGGGAAAGCAGGACAAUCACGGGCAGGUUGAGCAAUCUGCGAAAGGCGCCCAAGGACCUGCCCGCUGGAUUUAGGUUCAGGGCCGCGCUUCAUCAUGAAGUAGCAAACUGUGCGCCCUCAAUAAGUGGGUUUAGGAAACUGGAGGAGAUGGUGAGGGCGCACCACAUCCCCAAAACGAUCUUGCUCCGGACUGGCGCCAAGAGUGAGAGGGUGUGCACGGUAUCGCAGACGGGCUGGAUACCCGUCAUAAGGUUCAUCAUAAGCUUUAUGCUGUUGUGUGCGAGGUUGGAGGUGCCGGCGAAGGCUAUAGUGUUCAGAUCGCUGUUCCAGUGCCGGCUGUGUCCCAACUCUAGAGGCGCAAAGUGGUACUACCUCUCCGGGAGACAGAAGAGCCAGCUGUUCAAGAACGUCAGGAACAAAGUGGCGAGGUGGAAAAGGCAGUUUAUCUUUGUUCGCGAUACGCGAACAGAGAGAAUAAACAACGACCUCGCUGCUCGGCUAUCGGAGUGGCGUGUGCUGAAUGCACACGUCAACUACCCUCAAUUGCUGCCACGGGACACGGAUCUCAAGAAUCAGCUGCUGGAACAUGCGAGGAGGGAGAAUUUGAUAAAUCUAGACGCCCUGGUUACCUCGGAGCAGCUUGUUGUGUUCGGGUUUGUCGAUGUGGCAAACCUGUUCACCGAAGGUAUACCUUUAUCAUAUACCCUAAAUUCUAGCCGGGCUGAGUCUUAUAUAUUUGUUUGUGCAGAAGAGAUGAGCAGCAUACUUGAACGCCAGCGUCAGCGAGCCCAAAGCUCACGAGGUCGCGGAACGGGCAGCACCUCGCAAAGGCAGACGCGGUUUGACGAGCAACCGCCUCCAGCGCCUCAAUCUCGAAGUUCGUCACACCGAGGAUCCAGCUCAGCGUCUAGGCCCCGGGCUGAACAUAGAGCUAAGGCUGUAGCUCCAAGUGCGCGCAGGCGUGCGCGUGAGGAGACGGAGAGUGAAGAUGAGGUCCCCCUCAUACGACGUAGCAUGAGCGGGGGGACUCAGCCCGCGCAGGCGGCUCGUUCUGCGGUCGCGCGCUCACCCAACGCGCCCUCAACAACUGCGCGGGCAACAGCAGAGCCCGCUUCUGUGUCGACCUCAGUGUCGGCACCCAGGAUCGCGUAUCCUGAUGGCUUCAGCUACCGGGCAAGAGCUUUCGUGCAGCAGCAUGGCGGGCAGGUCGCCAUGGUCAAGUUGAUGGACGCGUUCAGCUACGCGGUAGUGCUGUUCGAGAGCGAGCAGGGGGCUCGCUCUCAGAAUAACGAGCUCAGUGCCAAUUGCAAGCAGUUGGCCGCAGAGAAAGCCAGCCUUGCAGAUGAUGUCAACCGUCUGCAAGGCUCAGAGAUGGCCAACCGAGCUGCUACAGCGGAGAGCCGCGCGGACGAGCUCACCAACAGAAACAACGAGCUCAGAGAGGAGCUGGAGCGAGCCCACGCGGAAAAAGAGAGCGGGAUCCAGGCGGCGAGGGAGGAGGCCGCCCCGGUCGCCGAGGCCGAAAAAAACCUCAAUGCUGUUGAGGAGGCCUUGAAUGAGCUGAAGAGUUCUCACGGGCGCUUUGUGAGCAUCGCUCGAGCUCAAGGGGCAGAAUGGUUCGUGCGCUCGGCUGUGUUCCAGGACGCCGUGGCGGUGGCGUCUGCAAACAUGACCACGGAGAUCUACAACGAAAUCCGUGGGAAGGUGCUGCAACAUCGCCCGGACUUCCCGAUUGGCGAGCUGGCGUUCUUCGACGGGGAGGAUCUGGACGAGCAGGGGAAGAGUCUUGCUCCCCUUGCCAACACGACGAUGCAGUUGAGGUGGGACCUCAACGAGGAGGGUGUAGAAGGGGCUCCUUUAGUUGAGCAGGAGCCAUCAACCACUCCGCCCAACUCUCAGCCCGUCGUGGUGCCGGCGAGGUCGCCCGUCAUUGCACCAGUGCCGGAGCCCGCUGCUCGCUCGCCUCCAGCUCGCUCCUCUCCGCCAACGGCUGGGGCGUCCAUGCCCGUCGAUUUGACGGAUGACUAGACUUAGGAUUUUUUUUGUUUUGUUCUUUUGUAUUUUGUUUCUGCAUUUUUGUAUUUGAUCAAUGGAUCAUAUCAUAUGUACCUCCAAUGUAAACAUCUUUGAUGAAAUACAAAUAUGCACUUUCCUUUGAACUUUUGUUGUAUUUUCUGGAUAUCGUUGUUUACAAUUGUUGGAUAACAACUUGAAUAAAAUAACAGUACACAU